UUUUUUUUUUUUUUGGUCUUACGGACAAUCUUACUUAUCCCUGGGGUAUGGAAUCGGUCGUAUGAAAAUCUAGAAACUCAGAUAACUCGCGGUUUUCAUAUACUCAAACACGUUCAUUCCUUUCUACUUGUAUUAGACCACAGAAAACUAGAUUAAAUGGAAUGUAGAAAAUGGUGACAGUGAGGAUAAGAUUAAUGAUAGAUCUACUUAACAUAUUUCUUACAAAGAAUAAGAUGAAAUUCUUAGCUAGCAAGACCAUGUAAAAUUCAGUAUUGUUUUUUGUAACAAGUGUAAACAUCUAUUGAAAAUAUUUUCCAGAAAAAAAGUAUUUCUUUACGCAAAUCACCGUCAUGAGUCUUGAAGAAAACAUUUUCCCCCAGAAAAAUAAAACCUAUGACGACACCCUAGUGCAGUGCGUGAAAUGACAAUAUUAAGAGUAGCUAAUGAGCAUCGUUUGGGAUCGGAAAUGGAUCAAGUAGGGCUGGGUCCAACUCGCACUCUUAAUUUCCAAAUAUAACCGAAAUAAAUCAUGUAUCCAAUUUAUAUUAAUGUCAACUAAUAUAUCUGUCGCUCGACCGAGGGGAGUGCACAUUUUGUGAGAACUGUACCUAUCGUACAGGGAGUGAUGCAAUGUAUCACGUGACUGUGACUCCACGAGAAGGCCGGACUUUUCAUACGCUCAGCUCGUUAAUGAUACCCACUACAUAAAGGUGACUUAAAAGUUUUCUCAACAACAAACUGAAAUGACAGUUGGUUUUGAAUGAUUUUCAUAAAAGUUAAUGUGGUAGAUGUGAUAUCAUCCAUUUACACAAUAAUACCAUGAAAAUUUCCACACGAUGGUUUAAUCUAAUAUACCAUUAAGACUACCAAAAAACGCUUAGCAUAGGUGGUGAAUAUUAACAUGAGUGAAUAUUAACAUGAGUGAAUAUUGAUAUGAGGUUAAUAUGAGUGAAAAAAUCAUAGAUGGAACGUAAGAUAAAGAAACAGCCUACAUGUAAACGAUGGUUUAAAUAUUGAGAUCAUUCUAUAGUUUAGGUUGUCUGAAAAUUUUCACUAUUUAGCUGAUUCAUCUAUUGACGUUAUAAAUAUCAUGAAAAUUCCUACACGAUGGUUUGAUCUAAAACCAGAUUAAAGUAGGAAUAAAAUGUCCUCGUGUGUAAAUGUCUCAUAUUUUAAAAUCAUAAAUGCAUAUAUAUUUUCGUGACCUUUGAAUUAUUUUUUCUCUCUCAGAAUUAAGUAAAUAUAUCACGUAUUAUACAGGUAGCUAUAUAGUGAAAUUUUUACAUUUUCAACAACAAAUUGUAAUGGUAGCCAAUUCUCCAUGAAUGCGUUGCAGUUGAAAACAAUGCGCGUAAUCGUAGUCUAUUUGAACGGCUGGGAUUUCGGACAGAAAUGAAAGUAGAAUGUAAAUUCAAUACGAAAGAUUAAUUUCAAUUUCGAAAAUGCAUGAGGGUAUGAACUGCAUCGCUAAAAACGUCGGCAUACUAAUCACAGUUCACACCCUAACAUUUAAUAUAUAGAUAGAUAAUAGUUACCUUUCGCAAUGAUCGGUAAAAGUAUAGGUAAAAAAUAAAAAUGAAACACGAAGACGUUUAGUAAAGCUUUAGCGCUUUCAUUUCAAAUAUUCAGAAGCUUUACAUUUAGUAACAUGUAUAUAUACAUAUAUAUAUAUAAAGCACAAACAAACAAUUAUAACACCCAACCUUACGUUUACCCCUAGGAUCUAAACGAUACAUGUGAUAUCAAUUAAUUAAAAUAUAAAGCCCUAAAUUAUCACAACUAGGUACUGAAAAUUUUCGCCCCAGCCAGAGGUCGAACCAGCGACCUGCGGCACCCACCGCCUAGCAAGACUGUCAAACCAGUGCGUAAGUCCACUCGGCCACAACGACUUCCCUAAAAAAGGAAGUUUUGUUAUGCUCCUAAAGCGCUACUUAUACACAUUGAUGCAAUCUCACACAGUCGCUGUGUCAUUCAGUGUUUAAGAUAUUUUAUAAGGAGAGUGGAUCUCUCGAUGCAAUUGUAUAGAAUAUUUAAUAUAAAGCACAAACAAACAAUUAUAACACCCAACCUUACAUUUACCCCUAGGAUCUAAACGAUACAUGUGAUAUAUAUAUAUAUAUAUUAAAAGGUUUUGUAUUAUAUGUCUGUGGUAUGAUUUCCAAGUAGAAAUCGACUUAAGGUCGCUCCAUCCUCAUGUGACUUAUCAAUAUAUUAAUGGUUAAAAGUGGAGUACACAUCAACAUCAGAAAAUCACACAUUUUCGUUAAACAGAAUAAUAAAAAUAAAUACAUUAUAUGUAAGAACUUGUUGAAAUGACAAAAUUUUUAAAUAUCAAUCGUUUUAAAACACUGCUAAUUCCUAAAUAUGUAUAGAUUAAUUGUGGAUAUUAGGGAAACUAAUGUAUAAUAGACAUCCAGUAGAGGAAAUUCCAGCAUAGGAGUUAUUGCCCUUGACAAAAAAAAUUUAAUCAUAAAUAAUUGAUUAUCUAUGGAAAAUAUAAACUUUUUCAGUAUUAAUUGUUUACCAGAUUUUUUAUUAUAUCCAGUGAAUAAUAUUCCUAAGAAAGAUAUAUUUCUAUCAUGCGCAAAGUUUAAAUUAUUAAGAUUUUCGCAAAACCCUAUGACAUCACAUGAGGAUCGAUCAAUCUUAAAUUUUCCCGCAUCACGAGUGUAUAUUAUAUAUAGGCUAUGGGACAUUUGACUGCAUUACUUCAAUCUUUUAAAGGGACUGAUUCACGAUUUCCCCCAAAAUUUUGUUUUUCACUUUUAAUGAUAAAAAUCUACUGUCUAUUGUGUUUGAAAUAUUUCACAUGAAAAUUAAGGUUAUAUAUUAUCACAGAAGCUCAUUUUAGAGAAUUUAUUAUUUGGUUUGUAAACAAAGAUUGCGGAAUGCUAUUGUUUACAAAAUUUUCAAAAGAAAUGGAUAUUGAUCUAAGUUUAUCAUACUUUUCACAUUUCAAGCAUUUUUGGGAUAAAAUGUGUCAGCUAAAAUUUAAAAUUUGUGACUAUGCAAAAUUAAGAUGCAUUAUAUUGCAAAAUCAAUAUUUCACUUGUUUGUUUACAUAAAAAGACUCGAGUCUUUGUGUACAUAACACAGAUUUAGGGCUAAAAUAUUGCUUUUAUUCUUACAUUCAGAAGGUCACAAUAUUGGCUGUCAACAUUAAAUGAGUUAUAUUUUUAAUGUUUAAAAUCAAAAAUGAAAAAUAUUUUUAUAAAAAAUCUUGAACCAGUCCCUUUAAGGGGGGAAAAUAUAUCAAACAUAUACAUAUAUGUGGACCUAAAAAAAAAAUUUGAAACUUAAACCUCACAUAUUAUUUAAAUGCACGGAUCCAGAUUGUUUCUGAGGAGAGGAGGGGGUCCAUCCCAUUUAAUUUUUUUCAAGGAAGUGUCCAAUGUAUACCACUAGUCUAUAGGAACUAUAUAACCAUAGACGGACUGAUCUGGGGUAGGGAGGUGAAAUUCUUUGAUUUGUGGGGAAUUCACUAAUCCCCUGUGAAAAUUCCAACUGUUCUUCUAAAAUCUCUUGUUUUUUACGUUUUUAUUUUAUUUUUUUAUUUUUCAAAUUAUUAUCAUUUUUGUCAGUUCAGAAAUUUAAGACACCUUGCACCCUUUCUAAAAUCUUGGAUCCACCACUGCUAGCAAACACUUAGUGUUUUACAACUGGAACUGCUUGGAAAUGGACAAAUAUAAAUAUCUGCUACCAAUCUUAAGGGGAUAGUCCAGUCCUCUCGUCACCCGUACCUGCAGCUGUUACCAUGCUUAAAAAAUACAUGUAUCAGAUAAUUACUGAAUUAUUUCCCUUUUUAUGAUUAUUCUAAAUAUAGGUAUAAUUUUCCCCCAACUACAUGUUGCCGUUUAAACCGAAAAUAAUUAAAAUGUACGGGAACAAAACAUUAAAAUAACUAUUUGAAAAUCUAAAUAUUGUGAAAUGAUAAAAACCACUUUAGGGACGCUAUUCUAAAGUUAAACAAGAGACAUAUUUAUGUUGAUAUGAUAAACCGAAAGUAACAUUAGUAUUAGGAAAUUUCUACUGAGUUUUAAUAUUCUAUUUUAAGCGUUUCCCACCAGGAAAUAAAUGUUGAUAUAAUGUUAAAUAUCCUUUUCAACGUUUGUGACCUUUCUUUGCAUCGACAAAAGACCCGUGAUUAUGUGGAUGGUUUUCUUGAGAAGUAAAUAAUCAUAGGCCUGAAAGGCCACUUCACAGAUAACAACAGCAAAACCACAAAGUGCAAUGGAAAUUUGCGAAUUGUGUCGAUCAGUUUUGAAUUCUAAUGGAAGACGGAUGCAAUGUCCAGCCUGUAAAAGGUUUCUGUGUGACAGCUGCGCUGAACUCCAAACGAAACUACUUUUGAUGACAACUAGAUACAGCGAUUCCUGUGGCUGUAUUCUUCUGCAGGAAAUAGUGGCACCUGAGGUGAAAGACAUUGAAGAUAAAAGACAGAAUCCCGAAAAGCAAACCUCUUCAGUAAGCCAUGAAAAGGAAACACCACCAGAAAGCAUGUUCUCUCACGAAAAUGGCGGUCAUUUUGACAUCGUCUCAAAACGAAGUACACCGAAUAUUGUUAAAACUGAUCAAACAAAAUUUGCGAAUAUCAACUGUGAGCCCAAUGAACACAAAGAAAAAGAAAAGACAACGAAUGUUUCCAAGCAUAUUGAAAGCAGACCAAAUGGUAACACCGCAAGCAAGAAAGUAGACGUAGACAUUGACGCACAAGAAGGAGAGGACUCUUUCAAAAAUCGGUUACAAUAUGAAGCGUUGCCACCCAUCGGUAUACAAAAAGGAGACUAUGUGCAGUCGAUUGGAGAGGUUUCUGAAAGUGGACUUCGUUCUCAGAAAAUUUCAAAAUCAGAUAAAUCUUUAAAAGAGGUUCCUACAGACGCUCUAAAAGAGGUUCCUACAGACGCUCUAAAAGAGGUUCCUACAGACGCUCUAAAAGAGGUUCCUACAGACGCUCUAAAAGAGGUUCCUACAGACGCUCUAAAAGAGGUUCCUACAGACGCUUUAAAAGAGGUUCCUACAGACGCUCUAAAAGGGGUUCCUACAGACGCUCUAAAAGAGGUUCCUAUUGACUCUCUGAAGCACAGUGCAUCGCAGUCACCAGACGACCUAGGGCUUUUGCAAAUGACGGUUGUUGCCCAAGUAAAGAAAGAUAAACCAUCAUCCCCAUCUACGAAAUCUAAAAGGAAAUUAUCAAAGCAUACUUGUGCAGGAUGUGGCAGAAGAGAUUGUGAGGGUCAGUUCAUGAAGAUGAUGAAAGCAAUGACACUUGCAGCGAAAAAUAAAAACUAUUCCAUUCACAAUGUAGUACCAGACGGAAACUGCAUGUUUGCCGCCAUUGUGGACCAACUAGAAAUCAAUGGCGACUAUUCUUAUAGUUCAAAGUCACUCCGUCUCGCCUGUGUUGAGCACUUAAAGAAAAACCCUGAAUCGGACGAUGGGACUCACUACGAGAUGUUCAUGGAUGGGGAGUCCUGGACUGAUUAUCUGAAUCGUAUGACGCAGGAAGGACAGUGGGGAGAUCAUCUCAUGUUACAGGCGAUUUCACAGGUGACUAGAAGAAGCAUAGAAGUUCUACAAGGAGGGGGGAAACAGGAGAUUACCAGAAUCACCACGACAUCAGCAAAGGACAACCAGCAGGCUCUGCACCUGGGACAUGUUGGAGAGUUUCACUACGUUAGUCUGUGGGAGUCGUCAAUGGGAGAUCACGAUCAAUUUUCCAGUGACGAUGAGGAUAUGCUUAAUAGUCUCAAUAGCUUGGCUCUAAAUUACCCAGCAGCCUUUCAAGAAGAAAGAAAAAAGGAGAUGUUUUUCUUUGAAGAUUACAUCGAUCCAUUUAGUGACAUACCAUCUCUCCAUCUUUCUUUUCUGCUGAAAAAACUGCUGCCUGUAAAUGUAGCUCUAAACGAGGCUGAUAGAUCCAUGCAUACAGUCUUUUCAUUGGAAUAUCAGGAAGACAACGUGGCGGAUGACGACCCUAAAGGAACUGGUCAAUAUAAUGAACGAGAUGAUAGAUUACCAACAUAUAAAGCCAUUGGAGAUGUAAUAAAUGGGUUGUAUGUGAGCAAUAUAUACUGGAGAGAAACCACCGGGAACGAGAAUGAUGAAACGAACUGUGACUGGAAAGAUGUACCAGUAUUAAACAUUUAUAACCAUAUACCUACUGAUAGAAAUAAGACACAUCAUCCACGAAAAUGUCCUGUAGUGAUAAAGACAGAUGAAACUAAUCCUGGAUAUGCCACUUUGAUGACUUAUUAUCCAACACAAUGGGGCGGAGAAUACUGUCAGACGGGUCCAGUAUAUAUCACUAAUCAACAUGAAGUCUUCCGGACUCAGGAAAGGUUACACCGUAAUGAAACCAAAGACAUGAAAUCACUUCCUUAUCAAUCAAUAUUCUACCACAAAUGCGUCCCAGCACUCCACUGUAAGUGGCCAGAGGAAGCAUUAGAGUGGAUCACAAGGACACGCCCAUCAAAAUGGCCGCCGGCACCGAUCAUUAGCUCAAUUCAAGCAGACGGAUGUCACGUAAUCAGUGGCGCACAUCCAAAUAGUUGCAAUCCAGACGACGAAUUUAAGUUUUGUUUUGGCUUGGCAGAGAGAACAUUGUGCAAUGAAGCUCUCAGCAGAGACCAGCGAUAUUGUCUUAUGGUGUUCAUGGCGCUUUGUACUCAGGAACUAAAGGGAAGUACCUUGAUUACCAGAGAACACUUAAAGAGGGUGUUCUUCUAUGCAUGUGAAGAGCUUCCAGACGAAUGUUGGACGUCCAACUUAGGCUCGUGCAUAUUCUAUCUUCUAGAUUCGCUUAUUGCUCACGUCGAGAGGAAAAAUAUCCCUUGUUACUUUAUUUCUCAGAACAACACAAUUGAUCACUUCUCAGAAAUUCAGAUCAAAGAAGUUGUGGAGAAACUUAACAUAUUGCGUGUGAAUCCACUUCAGUAUGUAGUAAGUCUAACCAAAGACCAUCAAUUGGGACUUGAAAUUUUGCAAGUUAUAGUUCAAGACAUAGAGCAAUUCAAAGUAAUACACAGUGUUCGGGAAAGUGUUUUGAACUGUUUCGUUCCGCAUGCCAUUAAAUUAGCACGAGAUAAUAUACUACGAAGACAUUUCAAGACUGCCAUGGACACGUUACAGACUGCGUAUGAGGAUAGACUGACUGUAGCCACGUGUGACGAUCAGGUACCAUUCCAGUCGUUCUUUAAUGAAGCUGUCCAAGGAAUUCCCCUCGAUAGCCAAUGGUGGUUUUUUCUGUAUUCAGACGAAAAACUAGGGAUGACCAUGUCAUCGGACAUGAGUUUAAAUCUACAACCAGUCACACUUGGAGAAAUAGUGGAUCCUGCUAUUGCUAAAGAUUACGCAUGUCACCUCAUACCGCAAGCCAUGGCUUACAAUAGAUGUCAGCUUUUGACGAAUUUUGCAUGGUUUUUGCUUUCUAAAUACAGGACCCAACAAGCGAUUGAAUAUCUAGUUUUAUGUAUCACGGCCUAUAGGGAGAGAUUACACUAUGAAGAAAAUCCUGAAUGCCCACCAGAAACCAUCGAAAAAUAUCAGGACUUCAACGAGAGAACCCUGUAUAAGGUGUUGGUUUACCUUUACUCUGCUCUUUAUAGACAGAAGCAAGAGGACAGUUUUACACACUACUUUGAAAUUGUGCGCAUAGUUUGCGAAAAGUUAAACAUCCGUGAGGCUUAUUACCAAGCUUACAGUCUGGCAACCUUUAUGGAUGCGAACUGGGCAAAAUACUGGGAUGGGAUGUACCGCAGCUGUAAAAACUCCGACCCAAGCAUAAACAAAGAUCUCUUCUUGGAUACGAUUCAAUUCCCAGAUCUUUAACCUAUGAUCAAUAAUAGAAAUGUUACCAAAGAGUCUCAGAACAUACAUGUAGAUGGGUAGCUGCAAUACUGUUUUGUGAAUUGUAAAAAGAACUGGUUCAGGUCAAGAAAGAAAUUAAAGAGUAAUUCAAUCAA